AUGUCGAAAUAUUAUGGCGAAUUUCUUAUUUUACUUCUCAUUUAUUUGAUUACCUGUAACGAUGCAUCACCAUGUAUAUUUACCCGAUAUAUAUAUUCAAAUGGUUUAAAACAACAAUUACAAGUUGAAUCGUGGGGUUCUGAUAGUAUUCGAAUACGUUUAAGUCCAGAUGUAAUUAUUCAAAAUCCAGAUUAUCAAGCUUUACUUCCAGAACAACCAAUCUUCAAUGAAGAAGUUUGUCAACAACCAGAUUCAAAUACAUUUAUUCAUGGAAAUAUUAAAUUUAACAUAAGUGCCGAUAAUGAAAAAUGGUUAAUUCAACGUCAAUCAGAUGGAUUAAUUCUUAUUGAAACAAAAUCAAUCACAUUUUUACCAUAUAAAUAUCCACUUUCUAUUUAUUCCCCAAUAUAUAAUCUUUAUAGCUUAUCAUUAAUGUAUAAUCAUAUUCCAGAUGGAUAUUU